GCAUUUGAAGGCUUGAAGCUACUUGAAGGCGAAGGGAGGGGUAGAGAAAUUGUCCGGCGUGGCGCAGCACGACGACCGACGACGAGUGGCGCGGCGCAAAUCUUCUUCCUCUCGGGGAUCUCGGAUUUCGGGCCAGCCGCCGGCGAUACGGAGGGCGGAGCCUUCUCGCCUCUCGGGGUCGCAGCCUAGCCCCGCGCGAGGCGAUGGAUUCGGCUCGCCCCAGGAGGGUUUCCAUCAAGUCCCGCCGCCCCGACUGGAAAGAGGAGCUUAGGAUCAACUGUCUGAAGAGAGUGAAAGAGGAGAGAGUCAAGUUUCUUUGGAAGAACAGGAUCCAUGGGCCGCUGCCUGCUAAUGAUGACAUGAUAAAGGUCGAAUCUGCUGUCAGGGACAUUAUUUCUGUCGAAUUAGAGAAACUAAAACAGCAUGGGGAUGGAAAAGAGGACCAAGAAGCUGAUACGAUAUGGGAAUAUAAAGGACUGCAGACAACUAAACCUGUUGAGACUGAAAGUGAGGAUAUAUUGCUCGAAAUGGAGAGACUUCUCUAUGAAGAUCUCAGAAAAGAAUUCAUCCAGAAAGAGUUGGAGGCCCUCGAUGAAGAAGAUGAAUACUUAGCUCAGGCUGUUUUAGACCAUAUGCAAUUAAAUGACAAGGAGACAAAUCCUAAGCUCUGGUGCCCAGUUUGCAAACAAGGAGAGCUUCGAGAAACACAUAAUCUCAUAUAUUGUACUUUAUGUAAACUACGCCUAGACCUUGGAGAAGAUAAGAUUAACCUGGAAUUCUUGCGGGAAAGAUUGGCUAAUGUGCAUAUGGAUCACUUAGAUAGAGGAUGCAAAUCAGCACCCAAGUUCUGCUUACAGACUAUGUUUGAGUUGACUGCCCUCUACAUACAGUGCGAAGAGUGCAACACUUUUGAUGUUGUGAUAUAAAUGGCUACAAUGCUGAUGAAGACUAUAUGACAGAGUGUAGGGAGCGUGUCCAUACUUCCAGAAGAUUACCUUUUUUUUCAUUUACUUUCACAAGGGAGGACUCUGAGCCUGUCUUGGGGAGUUUUAGAUUCUGAGAAGCAGCUGCUUGAUAGCCAGCUUCUGAGAAUCUGGAAAAGCUCAUAAACUCAGCUUCUCCAGCUUCUAGAUUCUUAGUUCAUUUUUUAGAAUCUAUAACUACAGAUUCCCAAAAGCUAUGAACCGUUUAAGGCAGUUUCUGGCAGAAGCAGUUUUUGAAAAAAGCUACAGCUGGGAGAAGCUUCUCCAAACAGGCCCGGAUGUACCCCUUUUGUGGUAAGGUGAUCGAUAAGUAAGAGUCAUACAUAUGUAGUGCCAUGUACGUCUUUCUUGUUUUAUUCUUUUCUUAACGUGAAGAGUUAAGAGUGCAGUGUAAAUUAGCCAGAUGAGCUUGGUCAACAAUUUGUUGCCUAACUUACAUGAAACAGUCAGUAAUAUGAACUAGAUUAUCCUACGAUGUUGUGAGCUCAAACAUGGCUGACGGAAUUUUUUUUCCUUUCAAACUGAUGAUUUGGAGGUUUUGCAGUUUCUCUAUAAGAUAAUAUACCGAAUCAUCUUCCAUACACGAGUUAGUGGUGACAUGAAGAAUGGUGAAUGACAUGAUCAGGAAAGCAUAGUUAUAAUAAUCUUGCUGAUGCCAACUAAACCGAUUUUAAAUUUGGCAGGAUACCUUAAGCAUGGAGUAGCAUCCAAAGUAACUAGGAACAUGUUGUUGAUACCUUUGGUACAUACAGUUGUCUUGUUUACAUGUUCCUCUUGUAAUUGAUGUAUCAAGGAAAGGGAGUAAUUCAGCAAGAAAACUUUUUUUUGAUAUAUCUUGAUAGCCAC